CCGUCUCUACCUGGGUUGCUAUUUGCAAGUCCAGGGAUUGGGUAACAGAACAACAGGACGCUAGGUGUCUCCCCAUAUAGGGUUGAUGGCAACCAUAAAAAGGAAGCACGAACUGCCAGAGUAAUGGGUCCACAGCAUUUAUUAGGAAACUGCUUAGAGGGCUGCAGUUUAUCUUCACAAGGGACCGCAAGAGGGGAUGCCUGCAGCAAAGGGCUGGGUACGCAGUUACACAGGUAUUCGGUGUUGAAGGAAUCUGCUUCGGCCAGAGCCGGUUUUCUUGGUGUUGGGCAACAACCUGGGCAUUGCCAACACCGGCAGGGAAUAUUCACGACCACCAGACCUUGCGCCUGGAGUCCACACGGGCAGGGCCCUCGUCACCCACUGCCACCGCAGCUCGCAGGCCGCUCCGGGUCGUGGUGCAGUGUACACGGUGGACUUCUCGGUGAUGUCGUCCCGGCCCUGACCUCCGGUGGGUCCAGCCUCUAUGUAGUGCCCUCCUGCCCUGAGGGCAAUGCGCAGGCGCGCAAGCCGGCGGGAUUGAGGUGGUGGAACCCAGGAUCCUUGAAUGACGCACUACGCAGGCGCGCGUGGCCGGGUGGGCGUGGUGAGCAGGCAAACAAGGACGAGAUUCGCAGUGGGGCGGAGCGAAGGCGGCCCGGGCGAUGCGCUGCGCAGGCGCCUGGGGUGGCCGGGGUGUGACGUCACGGCGUGCGUCCGGAUCGGCAGAGCAGUCCCGUCCAGUGUCCCGCGCUCGCUGGUGGCCCUCCGGCGGCCCUGGCGCAGGCGCCAUGUUCGGCUCCAGCCGGGGCGGCGUGCGCGGCGGACAGGAUCAGUUCAACUGGGAGGACGUGAAGACCGACAAGCAGAGAGAGAACUACUUGGGCAACUCGCUGAUGGCGCCCGUGGGCCGCUGGCAGAAGGGCCGCGACCUCACCUGGUACGCUAAGGACCGCGCACCGCGCGAGGGGCCGAGCCGUGAGGAGGAGCUGGCGGCCGUGCGGGAGGCGGAGCGCGAGGCGCUGCUGGCCGCCCUUGGCUACAGGAACGUGCGGAAGCAGCCCACUGGCCUGAGCAAGGAGGACUUCGUGGAGAUCUGCAGGCGGGAGGGAGGCGACCCCGAGGAGAAGGUGGCUCCGCGGGCCGCGUGGCCCUGUCGCGGGAGGACAAGGAGGCUGCCAAGCUGGGCCUGUCGGUGUUCACGCACCACCGCGUGGACAGCAGCGGCCCGGGCACCUGCCCUGCUUCCAGGAGGCGGGCGCGCGCCGAGGAGGAGGCCGAGCCGAGCACUGAAAGCCACAAGAAAAGCAAGAAGGAGAAGAAGAAAAAGAAAAAGAAAAAACACAAGAAACAGAAGAAGAGGAAGGACAAAGAGUACAAGAAAGAGGCUAAUGGCUCUUCCUCAUCCCCUUCUCCUGUUCGAUCUGGGCGCCAGAGGCAUGAUUCCGACUCCUCUUCCCCUUGCUGCAAGAGGAAGAAGCGGGCACACAGCAGGGACAGUGGAAGGAGCCCAUCCUACAGACGACAGGACAGAGGCUCUGAUGCCUGAGACUGCAGCUGGGUCAAUGGAGGCCAGAGCCCUGGCUGUUGAGCUGGGACCCUGCCCACCACUGCACUUUGUGGGUCCUGAGAGGAGUGGGCCUCAGGUGUUCUGGGUGCUGGCCAGCUCCUCCCAGCCUGCUUGCCUCCUGUCUGGGUUGAGGCAAAGGCUGUGUACUGUGCUUGCCAGACUGUGGGAGCUGGCUGGCCGACUUAAGAGGGCCCAGCUUUGUGGUAACCCUCCAGGUCCCUGACGGGUUCUGGGACAACCAUCCCUGGGUUGCUUGCCACCAGACAAGAUCUAUACCUGCCUAAGAGCCUCUUGCAGAGAGCAGACCCCUGUCAGUGGUUGUAGCCAUCCAGGCCCACCAGAGGUUUAGCCGUAACCAAGUGUGGUCAUCUCUAUUUCUUUUUGUAUAGACUUGCUCUUUGUACUUAAAUAAAUAUUUUAAAACUAAAGGUGUA